CUGAGAGAUCAGGAUUAUUCUAUAUUUUUUUUACAUGUAUUUAACUACUUAUUUUUGGCACUAAUCAGUGUCCAUAUAUACUUCCAUUCACGUGUAACUGGUACGGGGGACCUUCAGACAAGUCUUGUGAGACCUCUGGACUUCCUAGACCGUUCGGACGCUUCAGAUGAUUUGGUGAGAAGACACCGCUCUAGCUCGGUCAAAUUUCACAGCAGAUGCAGAAGUGAGAAAUAGUCAGAUACGGUGGAUUGAGACUCAUCCAAUGCAAAAAAAACACAUUUCUCUAUCUUAAAUAGAUGGAUGUUUAUGGGGAUUUUUGUAUUGUGCUAAUUAGAUUUCCGCGGGGCGCGGACAUUGACCUUAGAGGGCAAUCAGAUUUAUUGAAUUCUUCAUGUUGUCUAUAUUAAAGGGCACUUCAUUUACUAUAACAGGCUUUUAAAAUUCAAUAUUGCUACACAAAGGGAAGCAAAAGGCAGUCUUUGUGGAAUUACCCAGCUGUCUGUCACACAUCACUAAGUUAUGCUAAUCUACGGUUUUCAUUUACCCUCAACUCAGCAAAUACAGCAACAAGGUGUGGACAACAAAGCCAGGUGAUGGUGCCUCCCACCAACGUAGUGAAGGGACAGGGGGUGACACUGACCUGUAGCAACACCUGUACUCUGAGUGACAACCCCAACCCCACCUACAUCUGGUACAAGAAUGGACAUCGUCUAGAUAAGCACAUUUCCCAACAAUAUCCUAUCCACAUUUACUAUUCAGACAUUUACUCCUGUGCUGUAAAAGGCCAUGAGGAUCUCCUCUCUCCUGCAGUGUGUGUUCAGGGUCAGAGCUGUUUGAAUGUGACUUACACCAAGAGGAGUAUCUGUGCCUUGAAGGGGUCAACAGUGGACAUUACCUGCACGUAUAGACAUCCCAGCUGGCAUAACGUCACAGAAGUAUUCUGGUUCAACAAAUGGGAGUCUGGAGUUACUACAGAUCUAAUCCAGGACCCAGAAUAUGCAGGUCGUGUGAAGUACCAACCAACUACAGACAAGGGCUCCACCCUGAGAAUCACAGACCUGAGAGAGAGUGACUCUGCUGAAUAUAAGUUUAGAUUUACAACAACGGAGGUAAAAUGGGGAUACAGCUUCCCUGGAAUAACUCUGAUUGUCACAGACCUGCAGGUGAAGGAGACUCCUGGUACAGAGGAAGGGAAGGUGACACUGACCUGUAGCACCACCUGUAUUCUAACUGACAACCCCACCUACAUCUGGAAGAAGGCCUCCAAAUCCACCUCUGACACAAGAGACAGAAGAGACACAGCAGAGAACGGACAGAGAGACUCUAAUCCAGUGUAUGACAACAUCUCAGGCAUGAACUUGUCCCCUAUUGCAGCACAGAGAGUGAUCACAGACGAGCAGGAUGAUAUUACCUACGCAAGCAUCCAACACAGAAACCAGGAAGUGCCUCUGGACUCCACCGUCCCACCGUCUCUCCCCCAGAAACAGGACGAGGAUUUCCAGUACACUACUGUGAAAUUCAACAGCCCCAGUGCUGCUCAAUAGACAUUGGGAGGGAUUCAAUCCAAUCAUAGGUUAUAGACAUUGGGAGGGAUUCAAUCCAAUCAUAGGUUAUAGACAUUGGGAGGGAUUCAAUCCAAUCAUAGGUUAUAGACAUUGGGAGGGAUUCAAUCCAAUCAUAGGUUAUAGACAUU